AUGGCGCCAGACGCAAACAGCAACGCAGUCACAUCGCAGUACCGGACCAAGGAACAGGACCAACAACAGCUGAAGAAGAAAUGGAAAAACAUCUGGUUGAGAGGUCUAUCCGUUCGUAUUCGGCCUCGCAAGGACUCGCCGCGAGCAGCAGCAGCAGCGACGACACCAGCAACCGGAGGAGAAGCGGACAGCAACGUUGAACGAGGCACCCAGACCACAACAACGCGCACACACAAUGCUCGCAGCCAGAGUCGCACGCUGCGGCAAUCAGAAGCGCUCGCGCACCCGAGCGAGUCAGAUGCUCUCACGGAUUCAGGCCCCUCGUCGACCGCUGCCACCUCUGCUUCGCACUCGCCCGCGACAUCAACCACCGCUCAGACCACCACCGUCCCUUCAAGUUCGUCAUCAUCCUCCUCCACUUCACUCAGUGCGACUGUCGGCGCCGCUAUCGGCAACUUCCCUUCGUCGUCCGCGCCGUGUCCCACCUGCGGACAGCGCCGCCAUGUCGACCUCCACCGGCCGCCGACGCCGGUCAAGCCCGAGGAUCGGUUCCAGUUCCGGUCCGGGGUCCCGUAUGGUCCUUGGACAAUCACCCAUCCUCCACCGUCAGCAGCUGGACCAGCUCAAGUUCCAUUCGAGCUUCCUGUUGCGCAGCAAGUCGCCUGCUGCCCCGCAGAGAAUUCUGGACACCUUACUGCAUUCCAUCCCUUUGCUCGCCUGCCACCGGAGCUUCGCUCCAAGAUCCUACGGUUUUAUCUUGAACGGCCACGCAUCGUAGAAAUUCGGUGCAUGAAUGACUUGAAGAAGAUCCAUUUCGCGCCAAAUGCGCUCGGAAACCUCGCCUCGAACAUUGCAUGGAGCGCGGACAACACUCUCCCGGCCCUGAUGUGGGUAAAUAGGGAAUGUCGCGCCGAGACACGCGCAUUCUACCGCGUUCAGCUGCCAAUGCACCCAACCAACAAGAUCGCCUGGCCCGUCAUUAUCAACCCAGACUUUGAUACCGUCAUCUUCACAUUCCCCUGGAGCAGCGAGAUACCACUCGACAUCUUUUUGAGCGACUGUCUCGCCUUUGACCCGCUUGGCGUAGGAAUCCGACACUUUGGCACCCGCGACAGGGGCGGGCCGGAGACGUGGGACCUUACGCCCGUGCCGGGAUGUGCGCCGCUCGCGGAGAGCCUGGCGAACCUGGAAUCAUACACGGAGGCGAUCCAGCUGAUGGACGAUCGCGCGGCGGCCCGGUUCCCGGUGUGGAUGAUUCACGAGGGCUAUCUGACCAGCGGCAUCCCGGCCAAGAACGCAUUUUACCGGGACGUUCCGCGUCUUCUCCUGAGCAACGACUACGAGCCCCCGGAUGCCAUCAAUCAACGCACGGCGCUAGAGGCGUUGCGGACGCAGCUCGGCGAUUACCUGCCGAAGAACGUGGCUGAAGAUUUGGUCAUGCAGAGAAUGUUUUACCGCAAGUAUUUCCGGCACCUGCGGAUGAAGUGCACUAAGACGGAUCUUGCUGGGCUGGGCAUGGUGAGGCAGAUACCCGGCUGUGAUACGGAGGAGUUCUUCCUGAGUAACGGCCGCGAGGUUGCGGGGCCGCGGAAGAAGAGGAGGUCUGUGCUCGAUGUGAGGCCGAGUAGUAGCUGGCAUUUUUGGGAUGACGACUGA